CCCCCCGCCCCCCUCAGGGAUUCAAGCAGGAGUACCAUGACCCGCUCUACGAGCCCAGCGGCCCCGGCCUGCCUGGCCCCCCUGGCCACGGCUUCCAGCCCCCCAUGGGCAUCAAGCAGGAGCCCCGGGACUACUGCAUUGACUCAGAAGUGCCUAACUGCCAGUCCUCGUACCUACGGGGGAAUGUCUUCCCCAGCAGCCAUGACGGAUUUUCAUAUGAAAAGGACACACGAUUGUAUUUUGAUGACACAUGCGUGGUACCAGAGAGGCUGGAGGGUAAGGUGAAGCAGGAGCCCACCCUGUACCGCGAGGGCCCUCCUUACCAGCGCCGUGGGUCCCUGCAGCUCUGGCAGUUCCUCGUCACCCUCCUGGAUGACCCUGCCAAUGCCCACUUCAUCGCGUGGACUGGCCGGGGCAUGGAGUUCAAGCUGAUCGAGCCUGAGGAGGUAGCACGGCGCUGGGGCAUCCAGAAGAACCGGCCAGCCAUGAACUACGACAAGCUCAGCCGCUCCCUGCGCUACUACUAUGAGAAGGGCAUCAUGCAGAAGGUUGCCGGUGAGCGGUACGUCUAUAAAUUCGUCUGCGACCCCGACGCCCUCUUUUCCAUGGCCUAUCCCGACAACCAGCGCCCUUUCCUGAAGACAGAGCCCGACUGCCCGGUGCCAGAGGAGGAGACAGUGCCGCUGACGCACUUCGAGGACAGCCCAGCAUUCCUUCUGGAGAUGGAUCCCUGUGGCAGCCUUCCCUACGCGGAGGGCUUCGCCUACUGACUCGGCCGGCCGGCAGAGCCAUUGGCACUAGCACAUCCACCUGGGGCAAACCUUGUUUUCUAAAGAAUAUUUUUGGCUGUUCAUAAGGAAAAAAAAAAAGCACCCAACGACAAACCGCGUGGGUGCACACACAAAUUGGAGGGAUCUAAAACACCCCGCGUGUGCCACCGAUGAAUUCCCACCCUUCCUGUCCAAGGGCUAGUGCACAGGACUGCCCGUGGCCGGCACCUCCUGCCACACAUCAGCGUGAUGUUUUGGGGCGCCGGGAGCCUAAAGCUGCAGUGUCUGCCCCAGGCUCUGGCUCUGGCAGUGCCCCAGGACUGGGCUGCGUGGCCACCGAGCCAAUUGUCACGACAAUCUGCUUUGCAUCGAGCACAAUCCGCGUAGCUGCCUUGUGUGGUGGAAAGGGCUUUGAUUUGCACAGAGAGGAGGGAUGCAGGGGGGCUGCCUUGGCCAGCACCCCAGGGCUGAUGUGUGCAGCAUCCUACCCCAACCCUGAGAAGCCUUCUGCCUUCUUCCCGAACCCCCCUCCUCAUAUAACCUGUUGUUCCCAUAUAAUCCACUGCAUCCUCUCCGUGCCCCCUUCGAUCCUCCUCAGCUCUGGCUGCAGCCCAUGGGUUGCAUUUUAGGGGAGGAGACCCUGACACUAAUUCCCUCCUUGUUUUGUUGGGGUUUUUUUUGUUUUGUUUUUGUUUGGGGGGUUUUUUUUGAUGUUUUAGGAAAAUAAGAAAGGUUUCUAAACUGAUUUUUGUAGAUUUUUUGUAUUUUAAGGCGAAGCUAUUUUUUGCAGCCCGGCUGCUGUUCCCGGAGCCCCUGGAGACACCCCCAUGGCUUUCCCGGUGGCAUGCUUGCAGGGGCAACCCUCAAUGCCUGUGGCUCCCUGGGAUGGCUGCCGAAGGAUCUAGUCCACUCCAUUUCACUGCUCCAGUCCUCUUUCCCGGGGAGCCGGGACUGAACCCCGGUGUCGGCUCAGCUGCGCUCCCCCUGCUCGGCAUGGCCUCGGAGCUGGGCUGUAAGGCUGAGGUGGGCAGGGAUGGGGGGUCCCCCACCCCCCUUCCUGGGUACCCCACUUCUCUCCAGCUCCCCCCCUCCCCGCUGCACCCCCUAACACUCAUCCACCACUCGUAUAUCCAUACCUGCCUCCCCCGCACCAGGCUACAUGUUUUCAUUGUAAAUGCUGUAUAGGAAUUUUUUUCUCUUCUUUAGUUAGCUUCGGUUGGAAUUUUUUGGGGUUUGUUUGGUUUUGGGUUGUUCUUUUUUUUUUUUUGGUCGGAUUCAUUCUUUUUUGGGGAAGUAUGAAGAUUAACUCACGAAGACUCGGUUACUCUCCCCAUGGGGGCUGCAGUGGCCUGUACCCAUGGGGAGCAUUUGGUUUUUGGGAACCCCACCUUGGGGACAGGGUUUUAACCAUUUGCUCGGUGUGGCAGGUCUGCAGUGCAGAAGGGGUUAAUCUGAGGACUGAUUUGAAAUAUCUUUACUCAAGCAGGGCUAUGUAUCUCCUGCAAAGCUGCAUUACAUUCUGUACUGUGUACAAUAAAGGAUCUUGCUUCAUGUUCCUCCCAGGCUA